AUGGCCACUGAGAGCGAGGCGCAGCGGGCGCUGCAGUAUGAGCAGACCUUGAUGUAUGGGCGCUACACGCAGGACUUGGGUACCUUUGCCAAGGAUGAGGCGGCCCGGCUGCGGCUGCACAGGGAGGGGGACACCCCCCGGCCCCGCCGCCCCUCCGAGCUGCUGGAGUACACCCAGGGCCGCUGUGCGCCCUGCCGAGUCUGCGCCUUGCAGUGCCGGCAGUUCCUCUUCUCCAAGGUGGGGGAGGACUGGGUCUUCCUCAUCCUUCUGGGGCUGGUUAUGGCACUGGUGAGCUGGGCCAUGGACUUUGCCAUCGCCACCUGCCUCCAAGCCCAGAAGUGGAUGUAUGGGGGCCUGGACACCAAUGUGCUGCUGCAGUACCUGGCUUGGGUCACCUACCCCACCGUGCUCAUCACCUUCUCAGCUGGCUUCACCCAGAUCCUUGCUCCCCAGGCUGUGGGCUCAGGGAUCCCUGAGAUGAAGACCAUCCUGCGGGGCAUCGUGCUAAAGGAGUACCUCACCUUCAAGACCUUUGUGGCCAAGGUGAUCGGGCUGACAUGCGCCCUGGGCAGCGGCAUGCCCCUGGGCAAGGAGGGUCCCUUCGUCCACAUCGCCAGCAUGUGUGCAGCCCUGCUCAGCCGCUUCCUCUCCCUCUUUGGGGGCAUCUAUAAGAACGAGGCGAGGAACAUUGAAAUGCUGGCAGCCGCCUGUGCUGUCGGGGUCGGCUGCUGCUUCGCUGCCCCCAUCGGAGGCGUCCUCUUCAGCAUUGAGGUCACCUCCACCUUCUUUGCCGUCCGCAACUACUGGCGUGGCUUCUUCGCUGCCACCUUCAGUGCCUUCAUCUUCCGUGUUCUCGCUGUCUGGAACAAGGAUGAAGAGACAAUCACAGCGCUGUUCAAAACCCGCUUCCGCCUCGACUUCCCAUUCGACCUGCAGGAGCUGCCUGCCUUUGCCGUCAUUGGGAUUGCCAGCGGCUUUGGGGGUGCGCUCUUCGUCUACCUCAACCGCAAAAUUGUGCAGUUCAUGCGCCGGCAGAAGACCAUCAACCGCUUCCUCAUGAAGAAGCGCCUGAUGUUCCCUGCCCUGGUGACGCUUCUCAUCUCCACGCUGACCUUCCCACCCGGCUUCGGACAGUUCAUGGCCGGCCAGCUCACCCAGAAGGACACCCUGGUGACACUCUUCGAUAACCAAACGUGGGCCAAACAAGGGCUCAGCAAUGAGUUCGAAUACUUGGGCAUCCUGGAGGCCUGGCACCAUCCCCGCUCCAACGUCUUCGUCACCCUUGUUGUCUUCAUCCUCAUGAAGUUCUGGAUGUCAGCCCUGGCCACCACCAUCCCAGUGCCCUGUGGAGCCUUCAUGCCUGUCUUUGUCAUCGGAGCAGCCUUUGGACGUCUGGUGGGGGAGAGCAUGGCAGCCUGGUUCCCUGACGGCAUCCACACUGACAGCAACACCUACCGCAUUGUGCCAGGGGGCUACGCUGUGGUGGGGGCAGCUGCACUGUCAGGUGCCGUCACCCACACAGUGUCCACGGCCGUCAUCGUCUUUGAGCUGACAGGGCAGAUCUCUCACAUCCUGCCUGUCAUGAUUGCCGUCAUCCUGGCCAAUGCUGUAGCCCAGAGCCUCCAGCCCUCCCUCUACGACAGCAUCAUCCGCAUCAAGAAGCUGCCCUACCUCCCUGAACUGGGCUGGGGUCACCACGAGAAAUACAAUGUGCGGGUGGAGGACAUCAUGGUGAGGGACAUCCGUUACGUCACCCUCAACUGCAAGUACCGAGACCUGCAGCACGUUCUGCACAGCACCAAGUUGAAGAGCCUGCCACUGGUGGAGUCAGCCGAGUCCAUGAUCCUGCUGGGCUCCAUCGAGCGGACGCAGGUGGGGGCCCUGCUCAGCCACCAGCUCAGCCCCCAGCGCCGGCUCCAGGCCCUGCAGCAGAAGGCGCUGACUGAGAAUGGGCACCGGCUGUCUGAUGCCAGCAUCCGCUUCCAGAUCAGCACAGAGGCCUCGUCAGGCACCCCUGCCCGUGCCACCCCCCACAAGCCCCUGAAGCCAGCUCUGAAGCGGGUGCCCAGCGGCCCAGCCGAGAGUCCCCCAGCUGGCACCACCGACCACUCAGGUAUUGCCCUCAAGAGCCUCUUCUGUGCCAACCCCACCGCAGAGCCAACUGAGGAGGAGAUGGAUCUGGGUGACAGGAUGACCCCGGCAGAGAUCCUGGAGUGGGAGGAGCAACAGCUGGACCAGCUGGUGGACUUCAGCAGUGCCAAGAUCGACCCUGCACCGUUCCAGCUGGUGGAGCACACCUCACUGCACAAGACCCACACCAUCUUCUCACUGCUGGGCCUGGACCAUGCGUAUGUCACCAGCAUUGGGCGCCUGGUGGGCAUGGUGUCCCUCAAGGAGCUGCGCAAGGCCAUCGAGGGUUCUCUGACAGCCAAGGGGGUGAAGAUGCGCCCACCACUCGCCAGCUUCCGUGACAGCACCGCCAGUGCCGGUGAGCCCGACACCACCGCCCUGCACCAGCUCUGGGACCGCCACCAGCACCACCCCAUGCCCCGCGAGGCCAGUCUCGGGAGUGAUAAAGAUGACGACAGCCCCAAGGGACAGUGAGAUGGGGGUGCCCACCCCCUGUCCCCAGGGCUUCUGGCACCCGUGCCCACUUGUGCCAAGCUCCUCAUAGGGGUGGCACCCUCAAUCCAGAACCACUGCCCCCUCCCUGUGCCAGGGGCUAGCUGGGUGCCCUCUAGCCUGCCUCUGACCCCCACCCCCUGCCAGUUUUUGGGGCUUUUCACUUCACUACCUCUGCCCCCCCAGCCCCUGGUGCCCCCCGGCACAGCCACUGCACUCACCCCAAACCACAGGCACCACACUGUCCCUGCUCAGGGUAGCACAGGGGGCAGAGGGGCAGCAGGCCAGGGUGCCCACAGGGACACAGGUGGGCACUGCCUCUCUUCUCAGCACUUCAUGGCUGAGACGUGGGGAACCUGCCUCCACUCUGCUGUGCAUCCUCCCCAUGUAAAUACAGAGAUUUUUAUAUUAAUUUAAUA